CAUAGUCGUUUUUCGGCUAGUCCAAUUUGCGACAAAGGGUUGAAGUGUCCAAAAACGAUUCGUGUCGCGAAACAACCCGCGGAGUAUAAACAUCUUAGGGAUGUUGUGCUUGGACAUAAAGCUAGUCUCGCGGUUGCGUGGCGUCACGUUGACGGGCGGCUCAUCCGCGAGCGUGCCACCGGUCCCCUCGUCGACGACCUCGACCCCAUCGACGGCUACCACUCUGGAGAAGUGCAGACGCAGCAAAGGGAGACGGGAGAACGGCUCGGCGACGGAGAGCGAGAGCGAGGAGGAAACGUUGCCGGCCGGCCACGAGAUGAUACGCAGGAACAGGUCCAGAUCGGUCUGCGUGUCCGCGCUGCCGUCCACGCAGCUCAGGCACCUCCAUCGACGGGCCAGCCAUCACGUAUCCACCACGGACGCGAUCUCCAGGCGCGGAGUCCUCUCGAGGCGAUAUUACGGCAGCGUGGAGAUGCUGCCGCAGAUCGAGCAGGACGGGUCGGACAAUGGCAGAAGAUUUCGGGUCGAGAACGGCGAUUCGCCCGGCGAGAAAGAGGAGAUGUUCGGUUCGCCCAGCACGCCGAUAUUGGAAAAUCCCGAGUACCAAACGCGUUGGUACUUCAAGUACUUCCUCGGAAAAUUGCACCAAAACUACGUCGCCGCGGAUCAAGAAAGGAACCCUCUGUUUCUGUCAGUCGUAACCAGCGAAGUCAACGACCAAAGCGUGCCUCAUUACAGAGUCAUUUUGUGGAGAAAGACCGGUGCCCAGAAGAUAUCGCUACCGUACUCCGCAAACAAGACGAUGACGAUCAGGCAAAUCCUCAGCAACUUCUUUGGACUGGAGAAGCUCGAUAAAGCACCCCGCGAAAUUUUCUCGCCGGACAUACAGAAGGACCUGCUCCUGCUAGAGGAGCAAGAGGGCUCGGUGAACUUCAAGUUCGGCGUGAUAUACGCGCGAAAGGGGCAGAUCACCGACGACGAGAUGCUGUCUAAUGAGGAGGGUAGCCUGGAGUUCGAAAACUUCUUGGAGAUUCUGGGCGAGAGGAUACAGCUGAAGAACUGGGACAAGUACAGGGGCGGUUUGGAUGUGAAAGGCGACAUGACCGGCAAAGAAAGCUAUUACACUGUGUACGCGGGCCACGAAGUGAUGUACCACGUGAGCACGAUGCUGCCCUAUUCAAAGGACAACCCGCAGCAGCUGGAGAGAAAGCGGCACAUCGGCAACGACAUCGUUAACAUCGUUUACACGGACGAUCCCGACGCCAUAGACGCGUUCAACCCAAAUUGCAUCAGGAGCCAAUUUACGCACGUAUUCGCGGUUGUGUCCACCGAAGGGAAAGGCAGAGGCUGGCGCGUGGCUAUCUACUGCGAUGAGAGCGUACCUUUGUUCGGACCCAGCCUGCCCUGUCCGCCCGUCUUCGAGGACCCGUACACACUACGGGAGUUUCUGCUCGUCAAGCUGAUUAACGGCGAGAAGGCGACCUUCAACACCGCUCUUCUGAGGGACAUGUACCAAGAGCACACGCAGGAGAGCAAAAGUAACAGCAUGUUAAACCGACGGGCUUUGUCGGAUGUGGUGGAGGCUCCAGGUCGACGUCGCGAGGAAACGCGAGCGGUCGAGAUGGUGCGUGUCGGCCAGGCUCUGAAACUGGAGGCGAUCGUGCGAGGGCUGGCGCCGACUUCUCUGGCCACCGCUGGUCCAUUGAAGCCCAGACCGUGGGAACCAAGGUGCAUCUAUCCAGACUUCCCUCACGAAGUUGUCUGCGGGGACGUAUGGUUGGACAGCAAGGUGGUCCUGGGUACCGAGAGUGGGACCUUUUUAAUAGAAGACAGCCUGUCCCACAGACUGAUCUUCGACGAGUCCGUGCAGAUUAAGCAACUGGACGUGGUGGAACAGCACGGUAUCCUAUUGUUCCGUACCGGUGACAAGGGCAAGGAGAGCAACGUCUAUGUCUUCCGUCUACGUGAAUUCGAGAACACCGUGGCCAACAGAUCCGGGGAGACGUUGAACGAACGGGAGGACAAUCAGGAAUUCGACGACAACGGGGACGAGGAGGACGCGGACGACGACGCGGACGAGAGCGAGGACAACGAGUACGACAGUUUCGCGCGUGCCACCGCGAGAUUCAAACCAGUGAUUCAUCCACGGGGCCGUGUACGGGUGCGACCGUUGGCCGUCAGAGGGCGAGCGCAUAUAAAAGAGCGCAGACUACCGAGAACAAGGGGCUGCCAUUUGUACACCACCACCAUGCCCGGUGGUUCCCAUCUGCGAAUGUGUGUCGCGGUUGGUCGGCGGCUGACGGUUCUCCAAUGGAAGCACAGCGCUGCUUGGACCGCUUGGUGUUCCGCGGCGGACACGGACACCGUCGACGGUUUCACGAUGCUGAAGGAGUUCACCGCGAGCGAGACCCCGUCGCUGGUCACGAUUAUCGAGAGCACGGACUCGAUCAACGAAUGGACCCUCUGUUGCGGCGUACGGCAUCACUUCGAGCUGAUCUCCGCGACCGGUACCACCAGGGUCCUACACGUCGAGGGUAUUCCGAAACCUCACCUGGUCGCUGCGUUAGACCUUUGCGAAGAUGAGGAACCGGAAUUGUUGCUCUGUUACAAUAACACGUGCCAUUUUCAAAAGUUGCUGGAGGAGAGCACCGCGCCAACAGAGUUCGACUUCAAUUGGAAUUCCGUGCCAGCAGCCAUAGCCUGUGCCUUUCCGUACGUGAUCGCCUUCACCAAGGACACCAUGGAGAUCCGUCUGAUAAUCAACGGGAAUCUAGUUCACACGAUGGCCAUGCCAAGCUUGAAUCUGAUCACCUCCAAGCAGGACAUAUACUUCGCGACUACGGCCCCGGAGUUUCUGCCGGGGAAGUGCGAAAGAAUUCGGCUGGACGCGAAGCCCUCGGACAAAGAGGAACCGGUUUCCAGUCCGCCUCCUUUCGCGCAGUCCUCGUCCUCUCGGUCUAACCCGCAAAACAGCCAGACCGAUUGGAAGCCGAUAAGGAUCUAUCAGAUACCAUUGCAAACGUUAUCGAGAAGCACACUGUCGACCUGUAACCAGAGGCGUUGUCCCAGUCCCGCGGAACCGGAAGUGAUUUCCGCGCCCCCAGCCACCGACAGAACAUUCCUCACCGUGGAGCCUCACAGGGCGUUAAGUAGAUCCUGCAGCAGCAGCCCGACCCCAACACCGACGAACCAGAUGCCACCGCAUUCCCCGAUGAGAAAAUAGGCAAAAUCUUGAACAACGCUCGUAACGGUUCAAACGGAUUAAUGACCGAUCGCAGGUACCUGACGCUCGUGCCUCGGUAGGGCCCACAAUGGGGGACAAAAUGGCGGCCGGACUGGCGCGACGCAUCCACGCCGCUCGGCGAUACCAUUGCGUUUAUCGUAGUUAGAUUUACUGCCGUUGCAACUAGAACCCGACGCGUUUCGCUAUAGAUGUAACCGUACGCGCAAGAAGUGCCCUUGCCGCUAAGUGGAAAAACUGUCGAGUUAAUAUACACGCCGGUGACGGUAAAACGCUAUUAACAGCGGAAUGGUUGUGACAGUAAUCAAAUUUAUUAACUUGUUGGGAAUAUUGUUGAACGAAUUGAACGUUACCGGUUAGCAACAGGUUGUGGAAGGGGGAGAGAGAUCCAAUUAACUGUUCAGAAAUUUCAUCUGUCCGGCUGUAUCGUGGGCGCGUUAUUUUUCAAAGAAUUGUAACCACAGUGGUUUCGUCUAUUUACAAUACUCCGACUACCGGGUUACGUGCAUACACGCAAAUGUGACCACAUGUACAUACAUAAGAAUAAUUAAUAAAAUGUACGCCAUUCAGUGAUCACGUUUCUGUUAUAAAGCCACGCGCACGGUUCAACCGCCCGCGGGGUUCACUGU